CACUUCCUUUUUAGAUCUCUCCAUUCCCUCUCUAUGCAGUUGUUCAUCAGUGACAUGAGUUCGGUCCUCCUAAGCAAAUAAACAUCGAUUCUGUCAAAGUUUACUGAGAGCUGCUAAUCUACAAACCUGAAUAAUAAAGAAAGAUGGCAGCCGCUGUUGGACUGUUGCUGAUGUUACUUGGAGUCUCUCAAGGUUUGUCCGCUAACUGCGAUGCCAGAAAUGAUGGAGUUCAAUGUAAUGUGACUUUGGGAGAAACUGUGUUUCUACAGCUGAUUGGCGACGCUUUGGGAAUUAGAUUGGAGUUGAAAAAGGAAAAAGUAACAUUACUAAGAUGGAGACUAAAUGAAACAGUUACAAAUAUAAUAAAAGACAGAUCUGAUUUUAUACCCAAUAAUGGAACAUUCAGGAUUAAUGAACUGAAACACAGUGACGGUGGUGAAUAUAACCUUACAAUCUUUGAUUCCAGAUGGGAAGCGGACAGAAAAUCAGACUUUUCAUUUGUCUGUUCAAGGAAGUUCCUCAUUGAAAAUUGGACUUAUCACUUCAAGUAUUUGCGGCGUUUUUCUUUUCUUCAUCGGUUUAAUUGUCGUCUAUGCACGGAGGAAAAAACAAAAACGCAAAGAAACGGAAGAGCCCACCGAUUUAACCUACGCUGUUGUUACAACAGUGCAGAAGCCAGUGAGGAGGUCAGUUAAGCAAAAAGUGGAAGAGGAUGUGGAGUACGGCCAGAUCAAGUCUGCAGGCUGAUUUCAGCUCUUUAAAACAGACAUCAUGAACUGAAUAUCAGUUCAAAUAAUGUACAAUGUUCUGAGAACAGACGGAUGAAGAAGCUGGAAUCCCCUUUUAUUGUGAUUUUACAUUAGAAAAACUUACAAACCCUUAAAAAGCUCAUAAUGCAGGAUGUCUGAUGUUGCCACAAAUGCAUUUGAUCAUGGUGAAGUUUAAUUUGUUGAUGCUCUGCAUUGAUGUCACCUAAAAUACUAGAAAAAAGACUAAUUCAAAGCAGUUUUGCUAAUUGAGGAGAUUGUGUAUGUUUGGUUUUAGUUAAGUUCUUCUGCACAAAAUGAUCAAAAAAUAUUUUUAGUCAGUCAAAAUGAAGAUACUAUAGAGUAUAUAUUGUAAAUCAAUAUAUACUGUAUUACUGAGAUAUUAUAUUGUAAACUGUUGUCUUUUUAUUGUUCAAUAUACAUUCACUUUUUGAACUAAAAAGAAAAGUUCAUACUCAGUUGCAUCAUCCCUUGCAUCAUAAGUUCAUCAUGUUUCCAUUUCCGAUUACUUCACAAGUAUUUAUUUAUUUUUAAAAUCUUGAACAGCGUGUUAUUGCUGUCAUGGCAUUUAAAAUAUUUUUAACACUUUUUGAUUUUUUCUGUGAACCUACAUAUGAUGCUGGUAUUGAACCUGAAUUUCCCCACUGUGGGAAAAUAAAUGCUAUAUUUAUAACAUUCUUCUACUCUAUUUCCAAUGUUCUCCCUGUAAUUGUGUAAGAGUUAUUUAGAACCAAAGAAUAAAGACUUCCCUAUUCUGAGGCUACAUGCUAGCCAAUGCUAUGUAUGACCAUGUGUUCCCAGGUUAGAAAGGUUAAAUACAUGUAUAAUCCUUCCAGUAGGUUCUGGUACUGCUGUAUUGUCUCCCACUUAGAGAAAAUUCCAGUUAUACUCUCCAAACUGGUAACCCAGUAGACAUCCUGAUUGAAUCACUGAUUCAUCUCAACUAGCUGCUAUCAGAGCAGAGAAGCCGAAGUACUUUGAGCUUUUUUUCCUGUGUCAGAGGCUGAAAUAAUGGAUGGAUGGAUAUUAAGUAGUAGCAUCACUGUAAAGGGAUUUUCCAAUCUGUUCGUCAAGCUGGUUGCUGUAUUGCAAUAUCAUCGUACUGCCCUAUUCAGGUUCUCUUUAGGAGUGCACCAAUUGCAGUUUUCUAGGCCGAACACCGAUUACCGAUCUUUUAAAAAGCAUGACCUGCCGAUUCCGAUUUUGGCCAAUACCAAUUUUUUUUUGUCUGAAAUGUUGCUCAAAAUAGCAAGAAAGUUGCUGAACUGGCAACAUUGGCGACUAUUGUUAAAAGUAGAUGUGCAGUCACGACUUGGUGGGUUUAUCUAUCAGUCAAACCUUUUUCACAGAAGAACAAAAGAGGACAAUGGUUGAUUUUUAGACCUUUGGCGAGGUAGAUAAAACCGGUUGAUAAGAUCGGUUUCACAUGUAAAUAUCAGCCGAUCGUCGAACUCUCAAAAUUAAGGAAACCAGCAUCGAUAAAUAGGUUGUCAGGUAAAGCUCUUAUCUUUUUUCUAAAAAAAUUUCUUGCAGUUCCUAUAGGUUUAUGAAAUCUACCUGAUACCUACAUUAAAUAUCAUACAAGCUCAAUAGGCUUCAGCUUGGCUUUUCCUACUGCUUAUAAAACCUUUUGUUCACAUAAUACACAAAUGCAGAGUUAAGUAGUGAUGGCCAAAGUAAACCUCAUGAAGCAAUGAGGCUGUCCAGUCCAUUGUUUUGCCCAAAAGUUCAUUACUCAUUGCUUCAUUCAUUGCUCCCUAUCUGCUGCUGCACUAAAACUGACAGCCUUUUCAAAUAAACAAAUCAUACUUCUAAAAUAUUUAAACAUAGUAAAACAGUCAGCGUAUUCAGUAUUGUCACAAAGUUUUUGUCAAACCCAUGUCUAGAAACAGUAGGGUCUAUUGAAACCUAUUUAACUCUGGCAUCUCUUUUUGAAACCAAGGUAGUACUACUAAUAGGUUGACCACCAGUUGUGGUUGUGCUUUCUUUUUCAUUUGCCAAAAAAGACAUUUGAUGUUUUAGUGUGUUGAGAGUGAAGUGCUUAUUGGACAGACAGCUUUGUGUUGGUUACUGUCUUUCUAAAAAACUAAGAUUCUUCUAAAUUCUCUUUUUCUAUGACUUCUUCUGAUUCUUUGUAGUUAACUAGACAGAAUUUCACUCAUCCAAUGGCUUUCAGUCUUUUCUGCUGUGUGAGACUGAUGUGUCUUUGUUGAUGAAACUUUUUAUUUUUUUUGGAAAUUUCUAUGAAAUUUCUGGAGGGCGGGGGUUAAUUGAAGAAUUAUAUUGUGAAUUUGCUCUCCGGCUUUCUCAUGCUUAACCAAGCUACUGACAACCAUCCACAAAGCAAGAUGGUUUGUAGCUCUUUUAUCUUGAAAAUUGACACACAAAAUAUAGCAGUGAUGUGUCCAGUGUAACGUGAGGCAUUGUUUGUCAUCGGUUGUGUGUUUCAGCAAUACACAUGCAUCAAAGCGGGACUUCAUCUGAUACAUUUUAACUCUGUAGAGAGUUAGUAGGAGAAUGGCUUACAGGAAACAUGUAAUCUUCUUACUUUUUCUUCUUCUUUUUAUUGUUUUUUUAGGUUUGCUCAGCUUCCUUCCUUAUGUCACCCGUAACUGAAAGGUAUUUGCACAGUUUUUCUUCUGAAGCUAAUCAUUAAUGGGACAUACUGUACAUCAGCUGUUGCAUACAUUUAUGUUUUCUAACAGUCACUGAUCAACAAAGACUUGGGUGAAUAGAGACAUGAAAGCUGUGAUUAAGCUGCAGUUAAUCCUGAUAGGAGUCUGUAGUGCGGGGAAACCUUCCUGUGACGGCAGACAAAAUGGAGCUCAGUGUUUUGGAGUUUUGGGAGGAGCAGUAGACGUUCAGCUGGUGGACAACGUGUCAGAAAUACCCAGAUUCUUAUGGAACACUAAUAACUCUGUGAUACUAUAUUGGAGGUAUAAUGUAGUUCUUAAAAAGGAUGGCAGAAUUCCCUUUUUUCCCAGUAAUGGAUCAGUCAGGAUCAAUGACCUGAGAAGGACUGACAGCGGUGAAUAUAAACUUGAAAUGUUUGAUGGAAAUGGAAAAAUCACAGGACGGAAAACUCUGCAACUAUUUGUUAUAGCUGCUGUGUCCUCUGUCCAGUUGGUCCCUAAGUGUUUAUCUCAGGGACAGAUGAAGGUGUCCUGUGUGUCUCAAGGUGACAGUCCUCAGUACAGCUGGGCUCUGGAUGGACACAACCUGACAGACUCUGAGCUCUUCUCUAGAAAUACUGAGACCAACAUCAUCGUUCUGAGACGAAACAUCUCAGGACAUCUGGUCUGCUCAGUCAAGAAUCCAGUCAGUAAUUCCUCCGAAGAGAUGAACAUAGCUGUCUGUGAGGUGAAAACUUCCUGUGACGGCAGACAAAAUGAAGCUCAGUGUUUAGGAGUUUUGGGAGGAGCAGUAGACGUUCAGCUGAUGGACAACGUGUCAGAAAUACCCAGAUUCUUAUGGAAAAAGAAUAAAUAUAGGAUACUAUAUUGGAGGUAUAAUGUAGUUCUUAAAAAGGACGACAGAAUUCCCUUUUUUCCCAGUAAUGGAUCAGUCAGGAUCAAUGACCUGAGAAGGACUGACAGCGGUGAAUAUAAACUUGAAAUGUUUGAUGGAAAUGGAAAAAUCACAGGAUGGAAAACUCUGCAACUAUUUGUUAAAGCUCCUGUAUCCUCUGUCCAGCUUGUCACUGAGUGUUUGUCUCAGGGACACAUGAAGGUGUCCUGUGUGUCUCAAGGUGACAGUCCUCAGUACAGCUGGGCUCUGGAUGGACACACACUGACAGACUCUGAGCUCUUCUCUAGAAAUACUGAGACCAACAUCAUCGUUCUGAGACAAAACAUCUCAGGACAUCUGGUCUGCUCAGUCAAGAAUCCUGUCAGUAAUUCCUCCGAAGAGAUGAACAUAGCUGUCUGUGAGGUGAAAACUUCCUGUGACGGCAGACAAAAUGGAGCUCAGUGUUUUGGAGUUUUGGGAGGAGCAGUAGACGUUCAGCUGAUGGACAACGUGUCAGAAAUAACCAAAUUCAAAUGGAAUACUAAUAAGUCUGUGAUACUAUAUUGGAGCAAUAACAAUAUAGUUCUUAAAAAGGACGACAGAAUUCCCUUUUUUCCCAGUAAUGGAUCAGUCAGGAUCAAUGACCUGAGAAGGACUGACAGCGGUGAAUAUAAACUUGAAAUGUUUGAUGGAAAUGGAAAAAACACAGGAUGGAAAACUCUGCAACUAUUUGUUAUAGCUCCUGUAUCCUCUGUCCAGCUGGUUCCUAAGUGUUUGUCUCAGGGACACAUGAAGGUGUCCUGUGUGUCUCAAGGUGACAGUCCUCAGUACAGCUGGGCUCUGGAUGGACACACACUGACAGACUCUGAGCUCUUCUCUAGAAAUAUUGAGACCAACAUCAUCGUUCUGAGACGAAACAUCUCAGGACAUCUGGUCUGCUCAGUCAGGAAUCCAGUCAGUAAUUCCUCCGAAGAGAUGAACAUAGCUGUCUGUGUGAAAACUUCCUGUGAUGGCAGACAAAAUGGAGCUCAGUGUUUUGGAGUUUUGGGAGGAGCAGUAGACGUUCAGCUGAUGGACAACGUGUCAGAAAUACCCAGAUUCUUAUGGAAAAUUAAUAACUCUAGGAUACUAUAUUGGAAGAAUAACAACGUUGUUAGUCCAAAAAACAACAGAAUUCCCUUUUUUGCCAAUGAUGGAUCAGUCAGGAUCAAUGACCUGAGAAGGACUGACAGCGGUGAAUAUAAACUUGAAAUGUUUGAUGGAAAUGGAAAAAACACAGGAUGGAAAACUCUGCAACUAUUUGUUAUAGCUCCUGUGUCCUCUGUCCAGCUGGUCCCUGAGUGUUUGUCUCAAGGACAGAUGAAGGUGUCCUGUGUGUCUCAAGGUGACAGUCCUCAGUACAGCUGGGCUCUGGAUGGACACACACUGACAGACUCUGAGCUCUUCUCUAGAAAUAUUGAGACCAACAUCAUCGUUCUGAGACAAAACAUCUCAGGACAUCUGGUCUGUUCAGUCAAGAAUCCAGUCAGUAAUUCCUCUAAAGGGAUGAACUUAACUUACUGUGGCUUCAUUUUCAUUAACUGCACUUCCAAUGGGACACAAAUAGCUAAAUGGGUGUAUAAAGAAAAUAACACUCUGUGUGUUGAACCAACAACAGUCCCUCCAACAACUGAAAAUACUAUUGUGGAGGUGUUGCCUGUAAUGGGUGGUGUAUUAGCAGCACUCGUAAUUGUCUUGAUAGCCAGCAUAGCCUUCGUCUGUGUUCACAAGGAUAAGAAAAACACAAAAGUGGAGAAGGAGAAUGAUGACCAGGAAAUGACCUAUGCUGACGUUAGGAUUGUGAAAAAGCAGGGGAGAAGAGUGGACAAAAGUGAGGAGGCUGAUGUGGAGUACGGCCAGGUCAAAUUUUCAAAGAAGCCAAGAACAUCUCAAACUAACCCGACAAUGGAUGAUACUGUGUAUGCACAAGUACGAAGAGCCAGGUGAUUUGUAAUGUCUGACAGGCUUAUUUUUACACACUUACAAAGACAAAGAUAUGAAAGGCUGAGAGAGAGAGAGAGAGAGAGAGAGAGAGAUGAUUCCCCUCAUCAUGAUGUGGGAAAUGUAAAGUGAAAAAAGCUUUUAUUGUAUAUAAUUUCCUCCUGAAAUUCAAGUCAUGGCCCAUUUAUGGAGAUUAAUACAGCUGUUCCGGCUUCAGCUCAAAGCGUGGGACAUUCACUGCAUGUCUAUAAAUUCUCCCUAUUCCUGUUUACUAUGAUGCUGAAUAAAAGAAAAUAGUGCCGCAAAAUUGUUUAAAAUAUCAAGUUUUACAGCUAAGGUUUAUUGUGCUACUUAUUUUUUAGAAGUCCAUUUAUAAUUGCAGUUUUAACUUAUUAAACGUGAUUCUUGCUUCUUGAUAAUGUAAAGUCAGAUUGGUGAGCAACACCAAAUAGCACUUGAAAAUAUUUCUUUUAAAUGUCUUUAAUUUAAAAGUGUUCUUCCUAAAUAUUUAUUGGACUUGAAAAGCUGAAAUGCUGUUACAAAAAGCUGCAUGUGAUGUUUGUCAAAUUAAAAUAUGUUUGAUGAAUACCA